GCAUAACUACAUAUUAGUCAAACAAAAGAUAAAAGCAUAGCUAUGGAUGACGGUGCAGAUGUUGUAGAAAAACAUCUUAUACAGGUUUCACAAUACUUUGCUGCAACAAUUGAUGAAAAAGUGAAUACCGAUUUCUCAUUCCAUCACUUCCCUAUAAAUAGAGGCCUUGCCCUAUGCAACAAUACAUCCUCAGAAAAAUAUAUAGCUUCAAGUAUAUCCUUCCCAUAUUUCUCAUAAUCCUAUUCCAUAUGGCUUUUGCAGAAGAAACCUUAAACCUUCAAAUGAAAAAUUUUGUGCUUGUAAAACCAUCAAAGUCCACUCCUUCUUGUAUUCUUUCUCUUUCUACAAUUGACAAUAGAGAUAUCUAUAAUAACCUUUGUCAAACUGUUCAUGUAUACCGAUCAUCACCAACUCAUGAUUCCAGUUUUGACAUUUUUCAUGUAUUCAAAGAAGCUCUUUCAAAGGUUUUGUUUUAUUAUUAUCCUCUUGCAGGUAAACUAGUGGAAUCAGCUGAUGAUGGAAAGCGUAAAGUCCAUUGUAACCCUAAUGCAAAAAAUUACGGUGUUCCGUUCUUGGAAGCAACUGCUAAUUGCACCCUUUCCUCUCUUCAUUAUUUGGAUAAUACUGACUUAGAAAUUGCUAAAUAUUUGGUGUUUGAUCCUCAAGAUAAAAGUUACCCUUUGGUGUUCAAGGUAACAAGAUUUCUUUGCGGUGGCUUCACAAUUGGAAUGGGAGUGUUGCAUGCAGUGUGUGAUGGAUUUGGUGCAUCUCAAUUCUUGAAAUCAAUUGUUGAACUUUCAAGGGGAAGAACCGAGCCCUCUGGGAUACCUGUGUGGGAAAGAGAGAGACUAGUUGGAUCAAUAACUAAACAACCAUUUCCAAAAAGUCCCAUGAACAAUAUUGCAUUUUCACCUUUUAUAGAUGAAACCAGUAAUAUAGUUAUUAAGAAAUAUUGUUUUAAAGUGGAGGGUGAAAUGAUAAGAAAUCUAAAGUUGAGUUUGAUGAAGGAAAAUGAAAAUCUAGGGUUCACAACUUUUGAAUCACUAGCUGGUUUUGUGUGGAGGUCAAGAGCAAGAGCUUUAAAACUUAACAACAACGGGGAAACAAUGUUAUCUUUGCUAGUCGGUAUGAGACGCAACUUGAAGGAUUUUGAACCCUUACCUAAAGGAUAUUAUGGUAACUCUUGUGUGGAUGCAAACCUUGUGAUGAAAGUGAACGAGCUCAAUGAAAGGCCACUCCAUGAAAUUGUUAAGCUCAUCAAAGAGACUAAAAAUGUUGCUUCUACUAGCGAGUAUGUCAAAAACUCGAUCGACUCUUGGGAGAAUCAUAAGGAGAAUUUGAAAAUGAAAAGUGGUGGAGCAGUAACAGUUUUGACAGAGUGGAGGCAUUUGGGUUUUCUUAGUGAAAGUGUAGAACUUGGUGGGAAUGAAGUGGUGAAUGUAGUACCAGCACCAUGCAACUUGUUUGCGAGUUUGGAUAUGAGCAUUUUUACGUCUUCUAAUAAAAUUGAUGAUGAGAAUGAUCCAUUGAUGAAAGGAGGAGUUAAUCUUUUCACAUCACUCCCGGUUGAUGCCAUGCCUAGGUUUAAAGAGGAAAUUGAGUCAUUAAGAUUUAUUAGUUGAAAUUUGAAUUGCAAAAUCUAUUAAAAAUUGAAAUUGCAUGUGUUUCAAUUUUAGAGAGUCUAUCUUUCUGUUUAUUUUUAUGUUGCAGUUAUGUAAUAAUUUUAGAGAGUUUAUGUUUCUGUUUUAAGUAAUAUGGGAGUGCAUGUAAUGGUGUGCAAUAUGUGAUAAAACUAAACAUUAUUAUUGAAAGAUCACUCAUCGUAAAAGAAAAAGAAAGUACUUGGUAUUUGGUUUGUCUUUU